UACGUGCCAUACGUGUCCACCACUUCUUGUUCUUCCACGUGGAGCACAGUUUUACGUGGCUAGCACACGACAGGAUGGAGCCUAAGUUUCGUUUUGUGUUGUCAACGUGUGGGAUAACUGACACUAGCAUUACGGUGUUGGAGGAUGUGAAUGUGUCAAGCAUGACGGUGUUUGUGUCUCUAAGGGAAGAACAUUUCGAGAAAUUGCUCCCAAGGCUAACAGUUGGAGAUCAUGCUGUUCUGUUGAAGCUGUGGGAUUCCAAACAAGGCGUGGAACGUUCUGGAGAUAGUAGCCCCAUGUGAAAAGGAUCUAGUGGAAGUG